AUGACUACCGAUUUCAUUGCGUUAGCUAGUAAAGAAUCGUAUCCAUUAUGGAAUCACACUGUCGAGGAUCUCGAAAGACUUGCUAACCAAUUGGUUAACGAAGAGAAGGAGACCUACGAUUACAUUGCUACAAUUGAGAAUCCUACCAUUGAGAAUGUCGUCAAGCCCUAUGCCAGAUAUCUGCACAAGAAUGCUCUUUUAGAGAACCAAAUCACCUUCUAUCAGUAUGUCUCUGCCUCGAAGGACUUGAGAGAUGCUUCUACUAGGGCCGAAGAGCAAUUGGAACAGGCAUCCAUCGAGCAAUCGCUCAGAGUAGAUGUCUUCCAGGUGUUCAACAAGUUGUACGAGUCAAUCAAGGACGAGAACGACAUCGAGCCUGAAACCAAGAGAUUGGUAGAUAAAGUAGUUAAGUACUAUAAGAGAAAUGGUUUGGCUUUGCCUGAAGAACAGCGUGAGGAGAUCAAGAGGUUGAAAAAGGAGUUGUCCACUUUAUCAGUCAAAUUCUCCAAGAACAUGAAUGAAGAAAAAGACUUCAUUCUCUUCACCACUGAAGAAUUGGCUGGUGUACCUUUGGAUGUCGUGGACCAGUAUGAAAAAGUUGAAGAAGACGGUGUUCAAAAACACAAGAUGACCUUCAAGUACCCUGAUCUUCAUCCUGUUUUGAAACAUGCAACCAAUCAGGAAACAAGAAAGAGAGCAUUUAUUGCCAACCAGAACAAGUGUCCAGCCAAUGCUGAAAUCUUGGACACGAUUAUCAGGACCAGAUUCGAGUUGGCUAAGAAGUUGGGUUACUCCACAUACUCCGAAUACGUUUUGGAAGAUAGAAUGGCUAAAACCCAGAAGAAUGUUUUGGACUUCUUAUACGACUUGAAGAGCAAGUUAGUUCCCCUUGGCCAGAAAGAAAUUGCCAACAUGAAAGAAUUCAAGAACAAGGAUUUGACUGCUAGAGGAUUGGAGCAACAGGAUAAGUACUACAUCUGGGAUUCCAACUUCUACAAUGAACUCUUAUUGGAAAAGGAAUACAAGGUCGAUAAUACCAAAAUUUCCGAGUACUUCCCCAUGGAUGCUACCAUCGAUAAGAUGCUUGGUUUCUACGAAACUUUGUUCGACAUGAAGUUUGUCAGAAUCGACAAACCGGCAGAUGGAGCUACGUGGCAUGAAGAUGUCAAACAGUUUGCUGUGUACCAAAACAUCAAGUACGGUGAACCUAAGUUGGAAUUCAUGGGCUGGAUCUAUUUUGAUUUGCACCCAAGAGAAGGCAAAUAUAGUCAUGCUGCCAACUUCGGUAUUGGUCCUGGUUACUUGGAUGAAGAUGGAGUUACCAGACACACUCCAGUCACUACCUUGGUGUGUAACUUCACCAAGCCUACAGCUGAGAAACCUUCUUUGUUGAAACACGAUGAAGUCACUACAUUUUUCCACGAAUUGGGCCAUGGUGUGCACAACAUCUUGUCCAAGACUAAAUAUGGUAGAUUCCAUGGUACUCAUGUUGAGAGAGAUUUUGUAGAAACUCCAUCACAAAUGUUAGAGUUCUGGACUUGGUCAAAGAAUGAACUUAGAAACUUAUCUUCUCACUUCCAAACUGGAGAACCAAUCAACGACGAGUUGAUUGACCAAUUGAUAAAGUCAAAACAUGUCAAUACUGGCUUGUUUAACUUGCGUCAAUUACACUUUGGCCUCUUUGAUAUGAAACUUCAUACCACUGCAACCAAGGAGGAAUUAGAUGAGUUGGACUUGACCAAGGAAUGGAAUGAGAUGCGUGAUGAGAUUGCUUUAGUCGACAGCGACCAUAUUCCCACCAAGGGCUAUUCGUCAUUUGGUCACAUUGCCGGGGGUUAUGAAAGUGGUUACUACGGCUACUUGUACUCUUCUGUGUACUCGGCUGAUAUCUACUACAGUUUAUUCAAAAAAGAUCCUAUGAACGUUGAGAACGGUAUCAGAUACAGAGAUAUAAUUUUGAAGAGAGGUGGUUCCCGUGAAAUCAUCGACAACUUGGUCGAGCUUUUGGGCAGACAACCUAACUCUGAUGCCUUCUUGGAAGAAAUCUUUGGUGGACAGCAAUAG